AUGAAUAGAUAUGUUCGUCUUUAUUACAUGAAUAUUCUUGGUCAACUUGCAUUUUAUUCUCGAAUUUAUCGAAUGUGGAUUGAACAACCGUCUACAACUCACAGUAAUUUUAUAUACGCUUUCCCGCAGAUUAAUUUCUCCAAUGACCUUUAUGAAGUAUGCAUUCGAGGAUUUAAGUCAUGUAUUGAUACCAUUUGGAAUGAUAUUAAAAAGCGUAAUGCAUUUCUUUUUACAUCUGAUAUUUAUGAUGAAUUCCUCAUAAGGAAGAGUGAAGUUCGUCGAUUGGUUCAUCAGGAAAUGUUUGAUUAUGAUUUUUCUGCUAUUUAUUUGAUGUGUUGGAUGACAAUGAAUAGCAUUAACAUUAUGGAAAGACUACCGUAUUGCGAUAUUCAACCGAUUUCCACAACUAUUUGGCCUAGUCGAACAUUGGCCCGAAAUUUGACACUCGAUGGAACAAUGCAUAUAGCAUUGGGAUCUUUUGAUAUGGAACCAUUUCGAUGCGCAAAAUCAAGCUUUUGUGUGAAUAGUUGCAAUCCAUCACCAUGUCCGGGAAAUGGUACUUGUGUACUGAAAUCAAGUUAUAAUGAAGAUCUUACCGGAAUGUAUCGGAAUUUAUGGAAUGUUUCAUGUGAAUGUCCCGAACCGGGAUAUAUAUUUCGGUAA